AUCCACACCACACACUACAACACGCUGUCUUGAAACUUCAACCUCUUUCACGUUUCUUCUUCUUCAUCAUCUUCUCUUCUUCUUGGUUCCCUCGAAGAAGCAAAGAAAAUGGCUACUAUCAUCGACUCUCAUUUCUUAGCGUUCACCGCACUUGUCACUAUUGGCUAUCAGUUUCUGUUUUUCGUCAUCACUGCGCUCCUCAAAUUCGACAAAGUCACUGAUUUUGCGGGAAGCACGAAUUUCAUCAUAAUUGCUGUAUUGACCCUGGUGAUCAAAGGCUCCUGGUAUUUUCGGCAGAUAAUCCUGACUUUGUUUGUUGGGAUAUGGGGAAUUCGCCUGGCGUUUUUCCUGUUAUUCAGAAUUUUGCAGUGGGGAGAAGACCGACGCUUUGAUGAAAUGCGUACUAAUUUGGGUAGACUGGCCAUAUUUUGGAUAUUUCAGGCUGCCUGGGUGUGGACUGUGAGUUUACCGGUUACAUUGGUUAAUGCAAGCGACAGAAAUCCCUUUCUACAUGUUGUGGAUAUAAUAGGUUGGAUCUUGUGGGCUGUCGGUUUUAUUGUGGAAGGUACAGCAGAUCAACAAAAGCUGAAUUUCAAAAGAUCAACAGAAAAUAGAGGGAAGUGGUGUAAUGUUGGAGUCUGGAAAUAUUCUCGUCAUCCUAACUAUUUUGGUGAGAUAUUGCUUUGGUGGGGGAUAUUUCUGGCAUCUACACCUGUACUGGAGGGUGCUGAAUGGCUGGUUAUCAUUGGACCGAUCUUUCUCACAUUGUUGCUUCUUUUUGUCAGUGGCAUUCCGCUGCUUGAGGAUUCGGCAGAUAAGAAGUUUGGUAAUGUAGAUGGAUAUAGGAUAUACAAAACAAGAACAAGCCCUUUAAUCCCAUUGCCACCAUCAGUCUAUGGGAACUUACCGGCAUGGUUCAAAACAGCCCUUCUCUUGGAGUUUCCAUUUUACAAUCGUAAUCUUCCACAAGAAGAGAACUGAGUAUCAUUUUUUGGAAAGAAGAAAAAGAGUGACUCCAGAUUUGUACCUUGAAUUUGAUGAUUCAAGAUUGCUCUGUGGAUUAGAACAACGUAUGCCCUAGAUUAUAUUGUAGGCAUAAAUUAAUUCAUUAAGAAUAAGGUGACUAUGUUGGAAAGAUAAGUCAUCUAAAUUAUGAACGGGAUUCAGAGUUGUAUGUGUGUGUAUAUAUUAUCAACAUAUGUGCAAAAUACAAUAUGCCAUUGUUUAGGAAGGUCAGAUGUUUUCUCUGAAUGAUAUGGAACUGCCUUAAAAUUCCUUAUUGCGUCUCUUAA